CCAGAAUGCAUCGCAACUCAGAUCUGCUGCGGAGCAUGCUGGGAUCUCUCCCCUCCCGGGCCAGUGAGGAAGAGCUGUUGUGACUGCGGUACUGCGGAGGGCUCUCGGCGGCCCGCGACAAGGCUGAGUCCCGGGAGGUCCAUGCCCCACCAUGCUUUCCUGUGACAUCUGUGGUGAAACUGUAACCUCAGAACCAGAUAGGAAGGCUCACCUAAUUGUUCACAUGGAAAAUGAAAUUAUCUGUCCGUUUUGCAAGCUGUCGGGUAUAAAUUACAAUGAAAUGUGUUUUCAUAUUGAAACCGCUCAUUUUGAACAGACUACGCCAGAAAAAAGCUUCGAGACGCUAGCCGCAGUGCAAUAUGAAAAUUCAGACCUCGGUAAUACCAAGCUGCACAGUACAGUGGAAGUUACCUCAGGCAUCCAUUCAGCUUGUGCAUCGAACUUUCCAAAGGAGUCGUCCGAAAGCCUUUCUAAAGAUAGGACUUUAAAACAAGAAGCUUUUUAUACAGAGAGCGUAGCUGAAUCUAGAAAGUACCAGAAAAGCAGAGAAAAGCAGUCCGGAUUGUCUGAGGCCCAAGGAUCAAUUUAUGAAACAACAUACAGUCCCCCCGAAUGUCCGUUCUGUGGGAGAAUUGAGAGGUACAGUCAAGAUAUGGAAAUUCAUGUGAAAACAAAGCAUGCCAGCCUUCUAGAAAGUCCGUUAGAAGACUGUCAUCAACCACUCUAUGACUGUCCCAUGUGUGGGCUUGUCUGUACAAAUUAUCACAUUCUCCAAGAACAUGUGGACUUGCAUUUAGAAGAAAGCAGCUUUCAACAAGGCAUGGACAGAGUCCAGUGUUCUAGUGACAGAGAAUUAGCUCACCAGCUUCAGCAAGAAGAAGAGAGAAAGAGGAAAUCUGAAGAAUCAAGACAAGAAAGGGAAGAGUUUCAGAAAUUGCAGCGGCAGUACGGCUUAGAUAAUUCUGGAGGAUACAAACAACAGCAGCUGCGACACAUGGAGCUAGAAGUAACGAGGGGACGAAUGCAUCCAUCUGAGUUCCACAGCAGAAAAGCUGACAUGUUGGAAUCAAUCGCUGUUGGUAUUGAUGAUGGAAAAACAAAAACUUCUGCUAUGAUCGUACAGGGAUGGAAAGGUGGCUAAGUGGUUUAAAGCACUCGUUGCUCUUGGAGGGAGCCCAGGUUUAAUUCCCAGCACCCACCUGGUAGCUCACUACAGUCUGUAACUCCAGAUCCAAGGUAUAAAUGAAUAUUUAAUCGUAUAAAUACACACACACUUUUUUUUUUAGCGACAUGAUCUUUUGUAGAUUAAGCUGGUCUUAAACUCACAGAGAUCUGCAUACCUCUGCCUCUCAAGUGCUAUGUUUUAAAGCCAUGCACUACUAUACCAGACCUGUGCAUGGUAUCUUUAGAUUAAAGUUUUAAAUUUGAAUUUAUUUUCUAAACAUCUCAUGUUUUUUGGAGGGAACUUUGAAACCUGGUAGCACAGGUUGACCUGGAAUUGAUUGGUUAGCCCUCGCUGUCUUCAGAGUCUCAGCAGACCUCUGCCGCAGCCUUAUGUCUAUAAGCCACCACACACAGCAGACCUCUCGAUUUUUGUCUUUAUUGUGUGUGUUUUGGAUGGAAGGGUUUUUUUCAAAGAUCACAAAUGUGCAUUUCUUGGUGAUUCCUUAGUAUGCUGUUUUAGAUUUUCACCUGUGUAUAUGUGUGCCCUGUUUACACGCUUGAUGCCCACGGAGGCCAGACUUGGGCAUCAGAUACUGUAGAGCUGGACUUAGAGCUGGACUUAGAGUUCUUUUUAACCGCUGAGUGUGUUCUGGGACUAGAACCUGGGUCCCCGUGUUUUUAUUUUUAAUUUACCUGAUUUCUUUGUUUAUGGGGUCAGAGCAGGGCUGAGAUUGGAAGGAAAGAAGGGAUCAGGGUUUUGUCCUUAUUUAUAACAGUGUCAUAUUUGUAUGCAUUUACACAUGACUAGUAUAGUUUUUUUUUUCUGACACCAUUAAUUAAGUUUGUUCUCCUUCUGCAGAGGUAUCUGAUGCCCUAGAGUUUGUGUCGGUUUUGAGCUGCCCAGUAUGGAACUGAACUCAUGUCCUUUGCAAAAGUAGCCAAUGUCUCUUUCUGCUGAGCCAUCUCACCAGCUAUGUGGCAAAGAUGUUAAUGUUUUUGCUAAUUAUACAGGUGUCUAUUAGGAUAUCCACAUAACACCCCUUUUUAUAUUUAUAGCCUUGUAUUUUAAACAGUAACAUAUAAUUUAACAAUAGGUAGCUUAUUUAGAAAACAUCUAAGGAAAUUUAGGAAUUAAAAAUACUUCUAAGAAAAACUUUCUUUAAUGUAGUUGUGUUAUUGCUAAGAUGAAGGUUGCCAGGAAAUGAGGUUUCCUGCCUUACAUGUAACAUGGCAGAGUCUACUCAAAUACAUACCACUUACAGGGUUCCCUGUCCUUACACGACUGUCUUAAGUCUUGAUCUCAUCCAAGUUGACAUUCGUCGUUCUGUUCCCAGGUGCUUGAUCUGUGUGUGAACUUAGACUCUCAAUGUCACUUCAGGAACAAGUCGUUUCCAUUGCUCCUUUUCUCCCAUGUGGACCUUACUUGGUUUUUUCUUAAUUUACAACUAAUUUCUGCUUUUUAUGGUAAUGGAUAUGUCCAUAGUUAUUGGUUACAUGUUUGUUUUUUGUCUUUUAUCUGUCUCCCUAAAGACAUAUUUUUUUUAUUUCAUUCAAAUAAAAUACAUAUAAUGACUUUUCUUUGUUCGUGCCACAUACUAUGAGAAAGCAUGAACUACAUAACAGACAUCACUUCACUGACGUGGGUAGCUUCAGAGUUUUUAAAAAAAACAAAAACCGGGGCUGGGGAUUUAGCUCAGUGGUAGAGCACUUACCUAGGAAACGCAAGGCCCUGGGUUCGGUCCCCAGCUCAGAAAAAAAGAACCAAAAGGAAAAAAAAAAAAAGAAAACAAAAACCCUCUACUGUCCUCGUAUGACAAAAUGUGACUAGAUAAGUAAGGGACAUAAAAACACAUUAAGUGCAGUGUCUAUUCUUGAUAGUCAGAAAAAGGUAGUUAACGAUGAUGUUUGUUCUUAAAUGAUUCUUAGGAUUCUAAAUUGAAGAAUAUUAUAAAAGGAAGAAUCAUAUGAAACUUGUCUUAACCAAAUUCUAGCAUUUAGUCCAGUGCCAUUUUCCAGGGAUGUUGCCACAUUUAUGUUUUUAUGGCUUAGAACUCACUAUCCUGUUAUGUAUACAAAGUGUAAUACUGACAUUAAGUUAAAGCCCAUAGGCAUAAUUUGGUUUUUGGCUCACAAACAAUUUUCUGUCAAGAAGCAUGCUGAAAGGUCAGGUGGAGGCCACAUUGCAAUAGGCUGUAGAGUAACAUGAAGCCCUGUGGGCUGUCAGGAGCUACUGUCCUUCAGGUGGAAGCAGGCUGACGGAGACUGAGCAAGCUCUAGCAGUGUGUGGAAGAGCUGGAGAGACAAAAGAGUAUCGUUCUGCAAGCUGACUUGUGUGUCAGGAUUUGCAGUUGAAGGGCUAAAGACGGAGAAAGCUUCAAUGCAGGGGGUACUAUUUUAGCGUAGGAAACUUGGGUUGUGGGGACAGUGUAUGAGUUAAGAUUGUAGCAGUGAGAGGUAAAUUAAAGCUGAGUCACGAAGGUUUUUCUUUGGUCCUUGAGGCCAGUGUUAGAUAUAUAAAAAGCCAUUUAAUGAUGACAAGUCAAUGUCUAAUUUCUAAUGUCCGAUUUCUAAUGAAGUGUUUCGAAUCUUCUAUUUUAGGAAUUAUUGAAGCCCUCCACAGGUAUUAUCAGAA